GUUUGGCAGCAGCUGUCGUUCACAAACACAGCCAUCUCAGUCAUAGCUUGUUCUAUACACGCCUGCAGGGGGUCUUGGUGGGGUGCAACUACCCCUCUAGAAGUCUAGAUAGCAAGCAGUCAUUCUUAAGGGGGGAUCAUCUUGCUGGGCUCAUAUUAUCUUCUUCUCCUAGUGUUAUGAAUGUGUAUGGUUGAAGGCAUCAUGUCAACACCAACUAUUACGGCCUUGUCGGCCCCUGGAAAGGUCCUGUUGACCGGCGGCUAUCUUGUGCUCGAUCGAAACUACACCGGCACCGUGAUUGCUCUGGAUGCCCGCAUCCAUGUGGUAGUCCAGCAGUUGAAAAAGACCCAUCGUCGGGGUGUCUCGUCAGGGUCGAUCGACAAUGCGAAUGCAGCAGCAGAGGACACCGAGGAGAGUGAUGACACCAUUGUUGUUCGAUCUCCGCAGUUCGUCGGCGCGGUAUGGAAGUACCGAAUACAACGAUGCACGGCUGGCGGUGGAGUCAAGGUGGUUCAGAAGAACGAGGGACCGCAAAACUCGUUUGUAGAGACGUCUUUGAGCUACGCUUUGACAUAUAUCAGCUACGUGGCCGACUCAAAGGACUUUGGAUCGCUCUCGCUCACCAUCUUGGCGGACAAUGACUACUAUUCCGAGACGGCCGCAUCUCGGGGCCCCGGCGCGCAGGCUCGAGGCGGCCGCUUCGUCAACUUCGGCGUCCCGCUGUUUGAAGCACACAAGACGGGGCUGGGAUCUUCCGCCGCUCUGGUCACCGCGCUGGUCUCGGCGCUCGUCAUCCACCGCACGAUGCAGCCCGAAGACCUGGGUCUGGGCCGUGACAAGCUCCAUAACCUUGCCCAGGCUGCCCACUGCGCCGCUCAAGGUAAAGUCGGAUCCGGCUUCGACGUGGCCACCGCCGUCUAUGGCUCGUGUCUGUACCGGCGGUUCUCGCCUGCCAUCCUGGAAUCGCUCGGCGACGCCGGGUCCCCGGGCUUCGAGGAACGCCUGUUCAGCGUGGUAGAGAACAUCAAGUCCGAGCACCCGUGGGAUGCCGAGUGUGUCGACUUUGGCAUGCAGCUGCCGCGCGGGAUGCAGCUCGUGCUGGCGGACGUGGACUGCGGCUCCCAGACGCCCUCGAUGGUCCGUAAGGUGUUGGAGUGGCGCAAGAACAACCAGAAGGAGGCCGACCUGCUCUGGACGAACCUGCAGAACAACAACGAGAAGCUGCGCCAGGAGCUCAAGCAGUUGGCGCACGGGAGCCAGGAGGAAUUGACGGCGGCCGCAACCCGAGACUUUGACACCGUCCGGACCUGCCUUGAGCGCGCACGCGAGUACAUUCGCACCAUGACGGCGCAGUCUGGCGUCCCCAUCGAGCCCCGGGUACAGACGGAGCUGCUGGACGCCGCGUCGGCCAUCGAGGGAGUCAUUGGGGGGGUUGUCCCGGGAGCAGGAGGGUACGACGCCAUCGCCCUGCUGAUCCGCGACGACCCCGCGGUGAUCGCACGGCUCAACAGCCUGUUCGAGACGUGGACGAGCGGCGUCGAAGACGACUUUGGCGGAAAGAUUGGCAAGGUUCGGCUGCUCGGGGUGCGCCAUGGGUCUGAAGGGGUGAAGAACCAGGAUCUCGAGCAGUAUCGGGGGUGGUUGGAGUAGUUGAUUGCAUUUGGAGCAUCUCCGAGAAAGCACCCUGCUCUUGCAAGAGUAUUUGUCUGUACUUAUGGCAGUAUAACACUGGUUUAUAUAGAAUACAGAAACCAUAUUCCCCAAUACUUAUAGUCUUGCGAAUACUUCAGCCACCACAUAG